CAACUUACGUCUGCGGCUUGCCGCAUCGAUCUGCAGAUAAAUACUUCGCAUCUUUAUUGACGACGACGACGACCGCAAGAUACAUACCAACGAUGGCAUCCACACCGGCACCCAGCAAGCUCACACGAUCAAUACCCUUCACACCCAAACGUCCGCUUUCCUUUGCAUCCAGCAGUGAACUUCCCUCUGCAAUAAAGACUAGUAGCGUUCUUGGUUCGACAGCAAAGAAAUUUAAGGCAGCUUUAUCUUCUGAGUCCCGACUGCGGACUACUGCUGCGACCAAGUCGUCCCUUGCAGCUGUGCCUGCAACUCCAGCAAAGAAGUCCUUCGAAGGAGCUCGCCCUCGCACACCUGGAACUCCAAGGAGUCAGACUCCUACCUCCCACAUAACCACGAGUGAGAUGGAUGUUAGUCGGAUUGAUCCAGAAGAUGCACUAGUCGAUUUUCAGACUGUCGAGCCCGGUGAUGUUUCAGGAGACAUCGACGAGGCCGCGAUCCCUGGACCUAACUACGGAAAGGAAGAUAAGGUUCUUGUAUCUAUAAGAAUUCGCCCUACUACCUCUGCGCAUGCCGCAUGGGAUCAUAGCGCACAACGCACCAUAAAACUUUUACCUCAAUACGCCAAGUCGACUGCCACCACACCACCAGAGUUUAAUUUUGAUGAAGUUAUUACUGGCUCUGAGAAUAGGCCAGUCUACAAUGCUGUCGCUCGCGGCCAUGUCUGCGCUGCCAUGGACGGCUACAAUUCUAUUAUUUUCGCCUAUGGUCAAACAGCCAGCGGGAAAACAUUUACUCUUUCUGGGACCGAAGAUCAACCAGGCAUAAUACCACGUGCAAUGAAGGAUGUGUUUGCUUACAUCCGCCGCACACCCACUCGCGAAUAUCUUCUUCGGUGCUCUUACCUCGAAAUUUACAAUGAAACGAUAUAUGACCUGCUCGCACCACCUUCAAUGUCUGCUGCUCAGCCAGUUCAAAUUCAGGGUUCGGGUAUUCUCGUGCCACUUCGAGAGGAAGUGGUGACAAGUUUGAAGAGCGUCAAAGAAGUCCUUGAGCGAGGAGAAAGGAAUAGAAGGACGGCUAGCACAGACUGGAAUGAGCGGAGUAGUCGAAGCCACAGCGUGUUCCGACUUGUAGUGGAGAGCAGGGAACGGGGAGAGAAAAGGAGCGAGACACCAAGCGGCCGUCAAACUCCCGGUACGCGCCCACCGACACCUGGCGGUCCUCGACUACAGACCAUCGGAGGAAGGAGCGUGCAAACCUCGGUGCUGAGCCUGAUUGAUCUUGCUGGUUCCGAAAAAGCCACUUCGGAUAAAGAGAGAACCAGAGAGGGCAAGUACAUCAACACCAGCUUGCUGACACUUGGAAGCGUCAUUGGUACUCUAGCAGAGAAUGCUGCAAAGAAUAAAAAUGACCACGUACCCUAUCGUAACUCCAAACUAACACGGCUGCUUCAGCCUUCACUAUCAGGAGAUGCUCGAAUCUCGGUCAUAUGUACUAUCAAUCCCGAUGCAAAUGCCGUGGCAGAAAGCACGAGUACGCUUUUGUUCGCUCAGAGGAUUAAACGAGUGCAGCUUAACGCGAAGAAGAAAGUGAUUGUCGAUACUGAUGCCUUGAUAGAAAGAUACAGGAAAGAGAUUGAGGAGCUCAAGAAUAAGCUUUCAGAACGAGAAGCAGAUGCGCCUGCUCGAACUCGCAGGCUCUCAGCACGCGAGCAAAUUGAUGAAUCAAAAGCGAUGAAGGACCUCAACGCUCGAAUCCAGCAGCUUACGAAACUCAUUCUGACCUCUCAAACGGUUGAUGAAAGCAAAGGAGAUGAAUCACGUCCUGCCAGCCCAUCCAAAGUUGAUUUUGAUAUGUCACCAUACCAGCUUCAACAAGAGCUUCUUGCGGCUCGCCUUCAACUCGAGUCACAAUCGACUCAAAUUCUUUCCCUAGAAACUGCUCUCCUUUCUCGCCCAGAACUUCCACCGGACGCUUCAGAAACCGAGAAAGAUAAGCUCAUUGCUGAGCAAGCGAAGACGAUCCGUGAACUUGAAAUUGUAGUACGUGGGUAUGAGGACAACCUAGGGGAGCCUCUAAGAGCGGUCAGAGAGGACGUUGAGAAGGAGUGGGUCGGUAAACUUGAAGAGGAAGUAAAGAAGCGAGAAGAAAAGGAGGCUUGGGCGGCCGAACUUGUCAGGCAGCUGGAUAAAGAAAAGAAGCUAAGGGUAAAGCUUGAGGAGGAACGUCGUGCUCUUACAUCUUUCGUCAGCAAAUUCGAUUCGCUGGGCCUUGGUUAUAGCAACGCAUUGCCUUCCAAACUCAAGCCUGCAAAACCGACGCCGGGAGGUGCAUCAGCAUCAUUCGCUGAACGUCAACAGAGCCGAGCUGCAAACGUGACGCCUGCAAUUAUGGAAGAUGCAGAAUGCUCCCCCGUCCGUGUUGAUUUUAGCAGUCUGAGGGCACAGCCAAGUCUUCUGGAUCAAAUGCCCGAGGAUGAGUGGUGUAUCAUGGACGAUGUAAGUUUCGAGAUGGAGUCUGUGAGGCAUAAGUCCGGAGGCACGAGGUCGGAGAAUCUACUGGCAGACAAAAACGUUUUGUCGAGCAAGGAGAACAUACCAUUGUAACUUUUUUGAGGUCUGUUGGCGGUAACUUUGUAAUAUCCAUCAUCUCCGUAUCACUUGUGUACACAUCUCAUCAUGUUUUAUGCAUUUUCACUUUCAUUUCUGUAUCA